AUGGCACCUCUCAAAGUUCUUAUAGUCGGCGGCGGUGUCGCUGGCCCUUCUCUCGCCCACUGGCUCUCCCGCAUGCCGUGCGACAUCACCCUCAUAGAGCGCUCGCCACAAAUCAGAGCGACAGGCCAACAGCUCGAUAUUCGCGCUCAGGGUGUUCCGGUCAUGAGAAAGAUGGGCAUCGAAGCUGCUAUUCGCUCUCACCUUGUCCGCGAGGCAGGAACACAGCUGAUCGAUACCAAUGGCAAAACAAAGGCUUUCUUCCCUGUUUCGGAUCAUGGCUCCGAGAGCCAGAGUGUCACCACCGAGUUUGAAAUUUGCCGCGGUAAUCUUGUGCGUAUCUUGGUCGGUCUGACUGAGAAGAGCAAGAACGUGCAGCACCGCUUCGGCACCACUGUCACCAGUCUUACGCAGGACGCGGAUAGUGAUCCUAAUGGUAAAGUCCACGUCGGCUUCAACGAUGGCCGCAAGGACGACUUUGACCUUGUUGUUGCGGCGGAUGGAACGGGUUCCAGGACACGCCAACUAAUGCUCGGUCCUGAUGCACCAGAUCCGCGAUACUUUCUUGGUGGAUAUAUCGGCUUUUUCAGCGUCCUGCCAAAGCCACACGACCCAUAUCGCUUCACCUUCUGUCAUCUGCCCGGAGGGCGAUGGAUCGGUACCAGAAAGGAUUGCCCAGAGAUGACCCGUGUGUACAUGCAGUCGCGUGGCCACAACGAGGCCCUCGCUGCAGCGCACAAGUCAGGAAAUCUUGCGGAGCUGAAGACAGCUUGGGCAAAGGCCUUUAACGGCGGCGAGUGGGAGUGCAAUCGGUUCAUGAACGCACUCAAGACCGCCCCAGAGGCAGAUGACCUCUAUUCGACCCCUUUGGAAGAGGUUCGCCUUCCCAUAGGCUCGUGGUCCAAAGGCCGUGUUGUGGCUAUCGGCGACGCAGCGCACGCACAUACGGCUAAUGGUUUCGGAACAACAUGGGGUAUGGUGGGCUCGUACAUCCUCGCGGGUGAGAUAGCGACAUUGUAUAAGCAGGAUCCUACCACAGCAGUGGUGCAGGCUCUCAAGAGGUAUGAAGACGUCUUUCGCCCGAUAGCGACAGCUCAGCAUGGCGAACAGGGAAUGUUGCGAGAGGCGCUGUUUAUGCCAAAGUCGGCCUUUGGGAUAUGGAUUCUUCAUUCAGUGGCGAGAGCUGUGGCGUAUUUCAAGUUGGAGCAGGGGAUGGGAAUGAGUUCCGAUUCUGCCAACUGGCGGGUUCCAGAAUAUCCGGCUUUAGAUGUCCAGAAGUAG